AUGCCGUCGCAUUCGCUUCUCCACCACCACUCCAGCUCCAGCAGCAGCAUCUACUACUGCAUUGUGAGCGGUGUUACCACCAAAGUCCUCCGCUUCAUUGAUGAGCAGUGCUUCGACAUCGGCUUCCACGUCGCCUUCUACUUCGCCGACAGCAGCAUCCUGGUUCUAAAAAUGGUGGGGCCUCCCCAUGAGAUUCUACACUCGGACCUCACCGAGUACGUCAAGGACUGGGCCCGUUCGGCAGGCCUGUCUAAGGAGCUUGCGGGCGUCCACGCGGCACGCUAUCAUGCUAUCUCCGACGCCUCGAACCACCGAUCUAUCACGGCAUCCAACACGGUCUUGGGCACACAGCAACAUCAAGAACAACAGCACACCACCAACUCUAACUCCGACCGCUCCUUAACCAUGCAUAUCACAUCAUCCAAGGAGGCUGACGCAGCCUUCCGGCCCCGCACCACACGACCGGGCUUCGACGACCCCCCAACGCUCGUCAUCGAGGCGGGCGACAGCUCCUCGACCGGCACACUUCGCGUCGCGGCCCAAUGGUGGCUCCAGAACUCGGGCGGUGCAGUCAAGGCUGUCCUUCUCCCCGAGCUCGACUGCAGCAAGCAGGCCAUUGCCAUUGAGCUGUGGAAAGACCGGGGUUCGUUCCCAACAGAGGCCAUCAUACCUCCUCUCACGCCCUCCGCGUCCGCGGCCCCCCGCGCGUCCAAGAUGGCCGUCGUCCCCGUGCUCGUCAAGAGGGUCGAGAUCACCACGGAGGAGAAGCUCGGAAAGGCAGCGACCGCCAAAGCUGGAGGAAGGCCUUCUUUGCUUGGGGGUGGCGAUGCCGGUGCCCAGAAGGAGGAUUACAAAGUUGUUGUGACCGAGGGGGGAGUCGCCGACGACAAGGACAAGAGCAUGUCCAUCGCAUUCCGAGAUCUCUUCCUGCGCGAGCCGGCCAGCCCGGCCGAAGUGGACUUUGUCAUCACCGAGUCGGACCUCCAGGAGUUUGCGUUCAUCUUUUGGAAGGGGACCUUGUGA